UUCCCAGCUGCUGCUGGCUGCUGUAACAGUUUUUGUAAUCACUAGAGACAAAUGGCCUCAGCACCUUGUCUGCAUUUAUUCUCUUACUCCUCUCUCUCUCUCUCUCUCUCUCUGUAUAUAUAUAUGCCUUUAGCUGGCCACACCUAAAACCCUCUCCCCAUAAACCUCAUCUCUCUCAGACUCUGGCCUGCCUCUGCCGCUGGUAAUUUAUUAGCUGAAUCAACAAUGGAGGCAGACGAAGGGAUGUAUCAUGACUUCCUAGACCAGACCAACCCACCUCAUCAUAUUUCUUCUUCCUCUCAUAUGAACCUAACAUCCCCAAUCACCUCAUCACCAUCAUCUUCACCAACACCAAGAGAACCCAUGGGCAUGCCCACAAAUAAAAGGUCCCAACAUCAGGCAGCCACUGGCCACGCUGGUUCUUCCUUAUCGGCUAGACCAAAUCGCCUGUUCCCAUGCCGCUAUUGUCUCCGCCAGUUUUACACCUCUCAAGCACUUGGAGGACACCAGAACGCCCACAAGCGAGAGAGAGCCGCUGCUCGCAGAUCAGUUGUAGCCGGCGUCAGCUACCCCUCCGGGCCCACCUACUCUCCUCACCACCAUGCGCCCUUGAAUGCCCCACCAUCACCACCUCCUCCUCCUUCUCAUCUUCAUUUGCCGUUGAAUGUGCCACAUCAUCAUCCUCAUGACCAGAUUCAGCAUCAUGAUGAUGACCCUACUCAGCAUUUUCCGCCUCAUCAAUAUCAAGUAUUUCACCAGGUCCAGCAUCAGCAGCAGCAGCAGCAGCCACGGCUUCUUGACCCACCAGCCGUACCCAACAUGAGCAGCAACAGUUACAGCAGCAGCUUCUUUAUGGACAUGGACAUGGACAUGAAGCAUAAUAUUAUGCAGCAGCAGCAGCAGGACAACCAACCAACACCUUUUUAUUGGGCGGUCGACCUCAGCACCGCCUCCUCCACUUCCUCUCUUCCUCUUCCUCUUCCUCUUCCCCUUCCCCUUCAUGCCCCCACUGAAGGUAUCCCCCCUCAACCUCAACCUCUCUCAACUGCACCCCCUACCCAUCACUAUCAUCUUCAUCCUCAGAAUGCCGUCGCUCCUCAUGACCACACUCACAGCCUUGACCUCUCCCUCCGCCUAUAAUCAGUUUAUCCAUGGUCGCCGCUCUCACAGCUGCUCAUAUAUAUAUACGAACGUACGGUGCUCACUCCUUGCAUCUCUGUCAAUGUUUCUCUCUACUCUUCUUCUAUUUUCAAGCUCUUUUCAAAAACUUGUUACCUUGGUGGGUGUGGUUUUGAAACGGAGUGUGGUUGGAGCUUGGAUGUUGAAAGCUAUCGAAAAUGGAAAAGUGGUCUCUUUUAUUUCUGUUUUUGGUUGAGAAAUUAGCUACAGAAAUUUAGAAAAGUUGUGCUAGCUAGGGUUCAGUUUCAAACUUAUGUUGAGCUUGAUUUCUCAUUACAUGAUGAAUAUAUGAAUCAAUUUUUAGUUUUUA